GAAACAGGUUGUUUACAAAAAAUGAUGGCGUCUGAAGAUUCUGAUAGUGAAAUUUCUACACCUUCAUCUUACACUUUUGUAAGGGUAUUGGGUAGUGGUGCAUUUGGAGAAGCUGUUCUUUACCAGAAAACAGAAGAUAGCAGUCUGGUUGUGUGGAAAGAAGUCAAUCUUGCUAGACUUAAUGAGAAACAAAGGCGUGACUCACAAAAUGAAAUUGACAUUCUUUCAUUACUUAAUCAUGCAAACAUAGUUAGCUACUACAAUCACUUUGUUGAUGAAGAUAUGUUAUUUAUUGAAAUGGAGUAUGCCAAUGGUGGAACAUUAUACGAUAAGAUAAUUUCAAGUUCAAAGUUAUGGCCAGAACAAGACAUCCUCUGGUACUUGUAUCAAAUGUCUUCAGCACUAGCUUACAUUCACCAGUAUGGAAUCAUUCACAGAGAUAUCAAGACGCUAAAUAUAUUUCUAACAAAAGUUGGCUUAGUUAAAUUAGGCGAUUUUGGUAUAUCAAGAUUUUUAGAACCAACCAAUCAAAUGGCUGAUACAGUGGUUGGAACACCAUAUUAUAUGUCACCAGAGCUAAUGCAGGGAGAAAGAUACAAUAACAAAAGUGACAUUUGGGCACUUGGAUGUGUUUUAUAUGAAAUGUUGACUCUCUCUAGAACCUUCCAAGCUUCAAAUCCAUUGAAGCUUGCCAAAGAAGUUGUGAAGGGAGAAAUUUUGGCUGUGUCAAAGACUUACUCAGAUGAUAUACGAUCAUUGGUUGAUAGCAUGCUGAACAAAAAUCCAGAAGACAGACCCAGUGCUGAUGAUAUUUUAGCACUUCCAUUGAUGGUCAGACAUCUUGCUAGCAUGGAGCAAAAAGUGUAUGAGCUGAACUCCAGUUCAAGACGUGCUCGACUUUCAGCAGCUUACACAUCUGUUGUAUCUGUUGUCACUUCAAAAAUGUGCGAGAUGUACCAGUGGGGCGGCGGAAAGAUAACUCCCCAAAAAUUAGAAGUCUUUACAAAGGAAAAAAGUCCUAUGCAAGUAGCAUCAGGGCACAGCCACUUUGCAGCUAUAACUUUUGAGAAGGAACUUUACACUUGGGCAAAUUUACAAGGUGGUGUUGCAAUGGUGGGUCAAUUAGGUCAUGGUGACUUAGCUUCUUAUAAAGCUCCUCACAGGGUGGAUGCUCUACUUGGAGUCCAAGUCCAGCAAGUUGCUUGUGGUGAAGACUUCACUCUGUGUGUCACUGAUGAUGGUGGCUUGUAUGCCUUUGGCUCAGACUACUAUGGCUGUUUAGGCUUAGGAGGAGAUGAGGAAGAAGUCUUAGCGCCAGUGCUACUUGACUAUUUCUCUGACCAUCCAAUGCAGGAAGUGGCAUGUGGAGAUGCCCAUGUCUUGGCUUUGACCCGGUAUGGUGAUGUCUACACAUGGGGAUCUGGAGAAUUUGGUAAAUUAGGUCUGGGAUCUGAAGAUGACUUUAAGACACCACAGAAAGUUGAGAUUCCCGCCAAGCAAAAAGUGAAACAUGUAUGUGCUGGAGGCGACAGUUCAUUUCUAAUUUGUUUCAGUGGCAGACUUUUAGCUUGUGGAAGCAACCAGUAUAAUAAGUUGGGAUUCAAUUCUGAAACUUCAGGUCUUCGUAAGAGAAAAACAAAAACAUUUGACAUUCCUUUCAAACACACCUUUAGCACAGUCAAGUCAUUGAAUCGUUAUAAUGUGACUUUAGUUGCAGCUGGGAAAACUCAUUCUGGUAUUGUAGAUAGUUUUGGUUAUCUCUAUAUGUUUGGCUCUAACAAAUUUGGUCAACUUGGCUUAGGAGACUUUAAGCCUCGCACUGGUGUCAGUAGAGUGGGUGGUGUUCUAGCUGGUCAGAAAGUUGAGCAACUUGCUUGUGGGGAUGGAUUUACUGUUGUAGCAACCAAUGAGAAUCAUGUUUAUUCAUGGGGCAACGGAGAUAGUGGACGUCUUGGUGGAAUGUUUUCAGAGCAGGGCUCUGGUCCAAAGGCUAUGUGUACUGCUAUUCCACGACCUAUAUUUGGAUCUAUGCAUGUAGUGUCUUGUUUGUCCUGUAGACAUUGGAACACUUUAAUCAUUGCAGAGAAAGUACUGAACCAAAAGACUUUAAAAUCAAGGGUAUCUUCUCCUAAAAUCCUAGGAAACGAUGGAGACAAAGUGCUAUUUCAUGGUGUAGGAGGAUCUAUAAGCUCCAUACCAGAGUGUCAACAACAAGUCUCAAAUCAGAAGUUCUCUGAUGAUUCAUCCUCUGACUUUGUGCUACCAGAUGAUAUUGCUGGCUAUGACAGUCACACAGAUGAUUCAGCUGAUGUUUUUUCCCCUCCAGUAUCUCAUCCCAAUUCAGCUAGUCCCAGUAUGGAGAGCAGUAUGCCGACAUGGCUAGCUGAGGAACUCAACAAUGCUGAAUACAUUCCCAUUCCAUCUUCAUUCAAUCAAGUCUCCAUGUGUGAUAAGGCAAUAACACCACUGGCAUUAGAAAAUUGUCCACUGCCAGCAAUGACUGAAAUAGUAGAUAAGAUCAAGGACAGAUCUCCUGACUUGAAACUUCACAUACCAACAGCUAAUGAUGAAACUAUUUUAGAGUUAAAAGCAAAAAUAGAACAAUUGGAAAAAGAGAAUACAGAGUUGAAACAAUUAGUUGCAAAGCAAGCUGAUAUUAUCACCCAACUUCGCCUGCAAAAUUCUUAGUUUGUAAAUUGAAAUAGAAUAGAUCAAUUGAAUUUUUUUUAAGAGCAAUUAGUUCAUGUCAAAAGAAUAAGAAUGUACUUGAUGCUUGUGUUAAUUGAGAUUGGACACAUUCUAGAUCAAUUAGACUGUUCUACUUAUUUUCUAUUAUGAGAAAUAAAUUGAUUUGUUUUUGUAUAUGUAUACAUUUUAUAUUUGUAUAUUUGUAUUAUAUAUUUUUUGUAUAUAUAUACAUUUUAUUUUACCUAUAUAAACUGCAAGAUAUUUGUCACAAAGUAGGCAUAGUGCCAACGGCCUAACCUUGAUUACCACUGACAUAAUUGCAACCAGAAUGUCCUUCACUAAUGUAUUCUAGCACUAGAAAAAAAAUAGCUUGUUUUGUCACAUCCCAGAAUACACCAGACUUGUAAAAUGAUAUAUUAGGAAAUGCAAGCAUGGUGUGAGAUUCUUUCCAUUGCAAACAUGGUGUGAGAUUCUUUCUAUUGCUCCUGUUCAUUGAAUUAAUGACUAUUUUACAUGAAGAAAUCUAUUUCAUACACAUUCAAUCUUGUGAUUCACACUUUUAAUUAUUCUUAUUGGAUUCAUUUAAUUAAUAAUAAUUUCAAUUAGAUUUGUUUUCUGUGCUUUACUUAUAGUGGUGUGAUUUGGGUUCAUGUAAGACAGAAUCUGCUCAAUCAUCACAUUAUGAAGGGUAUGCACACUUUUCCUCAUUAAGAGUUCCAUAUUUUUUUUAUAGCCCCAAGAAAUUUAAGCAGGAUGUUGUCAAUGUAAGCAUAUGUACCCUUCAGUGGCUCUUGUUCUAUGAUCUUGUCGAUUUCCCAUUGAAAACAGGCUACCACAUUAGUUACUCCAAAGGGUAUCCUAAAGAAUUGGUAUAAUUUUCCUCCAGCUUCAAAGGUAGUAUAAGGGCGAUCAGUCUUCCUUAGAGGGAUCUGAUGGUAUGCAUUGCAAAGAUCAAGGGUACUACAUAUUUCGUAUUUAGCUAUUUGAGAGACCAUAUCAUCAAUUUGGGGUAAAAGAUAUGCAUCCCGAAGUGUGAACCGAUUAACAGUUUGGCUGUAGUCCACUACCAUUCUUUGUUUGUGUCGUUCGUUAGUUGUUACUAAUAUAUGAGCCCGCACCAUGGAGAUGACGAGGGCUCAAUGAUGCCAUCUUUCAAGAGUCUGUCAAUCUCUGAAUUGAGGAAUAAAAUGUCAUUUGCAGAAUAACGUCUGGAUUUUGUAGCGAUAGGUCGACACUCUUUAAGCAUAUUUUGGAAAAGAGGAGCGGGUUUGACAUUAGCAGCUGUCACGCCAUUUAAGACCAUUGUUGGUUUAGGCCCCUGAAAAGUGAUAUGUACACUCUCAUGUUGUUCAAGGAAGUCAUAGCCUAAUAUCACAUCCGCACAGAUGUUGUCAAGUAUGUGUAGCUUGAAGUCUUUAUAAGUGGAGCCUUUACUCUUAAUGUCAGCAUUAACAUGGCCACAAGUAUAACAUGUUAGGUUCAUUUUGGACAUAGAUAUAAGUUUUGAUGAGUGAAAAGUUCUAAAUCUAUACUUUCCAACAGCCAAAGCAGAAAUGUAACUGUCCAAAUUACCUGUAUUGAUGUAUCAAGUGUAAUGUUGUUAACUUGUAUUUUCAUUACAGCACUAGACAGAGAAAAUGAAGAGGCGGCUGUUAUUGUAUACGCUGCUGAAUCAGAUUUAGGUCUGUAAACUGUAGAAACUUUUGAUUUGCAUCCCUUUUGUAAUUUCCCUUUUACCGCAUUUAUUACAGAUAGUCUCUUUUGCUGGGCAUUUGUUACGAGAGUGGAUAACACCUCCACAUAUUAGCACUUCCCUUGAGCUGAAGCUAUGCUAACAGGUGCUAAUCAAUCUUGUCCUCUACAGCAGAGCAGUGCAGCAUUUCCGAUGUAGUGGAUUGUUGUGCUUGUGCUGUUUGAAAGGUAUUGGCUUGUUGCGAGUUAUAUGCUACAGAAUGUUUCUGUGCCAUCUCCAGAGAUGUAGCUACCUGCAAUGACUUUGCGAGGUCCAGAGAUAAGUACUCUAAAAGUCUCUGCCUAAUCUCUGGUGAUGACAUGCCACUAAUAAAUGCAUCUCUGACAGCCUCAUUCUGGUUUUCAAGGGCAGAAACUGCCAUGAAAUGGUAGCCUUUAGCCAGUAAUUUUAAUCUCUGAAUAUACUUGUCAACACUCUGUCCCGUUUCCUGUUUACAACUGGAUAGGCGAUAGCGAGCAUAGAUCUCAUUAGUUUCUUUAACAUCGAGUCCUUUUAGUGUAGUUACAGCAGUUUCAAAAUCAGUACAGUCAGAUAUCAGUUCAUACACACCAUGUGAGAUAAAGUUACAUAGUUGAUCGAACUUCUCACCUUCUGGCACAGCUAGUUUUAAUGCAAAAUUUUCAAAUGUGUGAAGCCAGUGCUUCCAGAUCCUUUGAGCGUCCAUAUCAUUAGGAUUCACUACCAAUUGUUCUGGUUUUUAGAAAUCGAUUCAUACUUGAAGCACCAUUUAUCCACAAGAUUCUUGUACAAUCAAUUGUAGUAACCUUAUAAAACACUACAUGAAAAAAAAAACUUUGCCUUAGGCUUUAUUGUACAAGAAAGACCAAAUGAUUCACAAUAACACAGUCCACACACACACACACUAGCUGACCUGGACACCACGACAUUUGGACACACCAGAUUAGUUCACUACACACAAAAAAAAUAAAUACACAUCAAGUGGAAAUAUACCCAAUGUAACAACACAAUGCAGCUUGAGUUAAACAGUCUUCAAUUAAAUAUUGUGUGCAAUAUCCUAUAUUUUAUCUCCUUCUCAUACUAUGCAAUCAAACGAUAGAAAGUCACUAGUUUGUUUUGGUAUAUACAGGAAAAAGAUUACUUAUGAAACAAAUGGUGCCUUUUUUUUUAAUGAGUUUGUCUUAUAAUAUCUAUUCUUUCAAAUAGUGUCAUUUAAAAAGUAGAUCCAUUUUUGUGUAAAUAAAACUUCUACUAAAAAAAGAUAAAAUAAGAUUGAAAAGGUUAUUUGUGGAUAGUACUAAUUGAAUGUAUCCAAUGUAUAUGUAUGCUAAAAUAUUUUAAUUCUUUUUUUAUUUCUUGAAUAUAGUAACUAAAAUAAUAAUAUUAAAUGAAAGCUUUAUAAAUGUCUAUGUAGACAGAUCACAAAUUGUUAAAAUAAAUAUUUAAGACUUUAAUAUUUGGAACAAUGCAUAUUUUUAUCUGUUAUUAUAUUCAUUUUCUUUUAGCAGGAACACCCAUAACAUGUUUGACAAAAAAUUAAGUUCAUAUAUUUUAUUAUAAAAUCUUUGCACAUUACUCUGAAAUGCAGUACAAACAAAUACUGUAGACUUUUAGUCAAUUAAGAUAACAAAUAUUCAUUUUCUUGUACUUUCAUAUAAAUAAAAAGAGAACUAAAACACAUUUAAAUUUAAUCGAGAAAACUUUAUGUUCCUUUUUAAGAUAAAAUUGUAAAAGAAAAUCAAAGCCAGAACCAAAAAAAAUUAUAAAAAAUAAAAGUCUUGCACCAUAUUUAAAGAGCACUCUCAAUGUAAUUGUUUGUCUAGAUUUAGGAAAAUAAUUUUAUUAAAAUAAGAAUUGUUAAUAUUUAGCCAUGAAAACUUUGUGGCUAAAAAUGUCUAAGUAAUAUAUAUAUAUAUAGUGAUCACAGAUUCAAUAUUAACAUUAGAAAGUAUCACAUCAACAUCCUUUUAAACCACUUUAAAAAAACAAAAACAUUUUUAACCAAAUAAUACAGUUGAAGUAAGUUAACAUAUAAAAUCAGGACAGAAUACUCUUGACAAAAUGUCCAUAUUUUGAUAAUAAAUAUAAAUGAGAACACUAUUGCAUUAAUUGUUUCAAUGAAAUAUUUUAAGAGGUAGAAAGUGAAGCAGACUUUCACAUUUUUGUAAUUUUGAUUUUUUAAAAUUUGAUUUGUCAAGAGUUGUUCUAGACUUAGCAAACCACAUUAGUUGAUUAGGUCUGAACUGUUAAAUCAUUUUAAAGGAAACCAAUAAAUCUUAACAAUGAACAUUGGAUACUAAAAGUUUUAAAUGCAAUCAGGGAAACAGUGACUUUAAAUUUUAUUAAUUUAUUUAUGUAUUGUUAUAUAUUUUGUAUAAUCCUGCAAAAAACAAUAUAGAUAUCUGAAAUAUACAAAAAGAAAUAGCAACAAGUCUUUAAAAGUCAAGUAGCAUGGGACUGUCAUAGUUUCAUUGUGUUAACAUUACUGUAGUCAUUUAUCUUUAUUUUUCAAGACAUAUGGUUUAUUAUUUAUUGAACAUGAAUUUCAUAAUUUAACUCUUUCUCUCCUAAUUGAUGAUACCAACGUUGAUUUGACCCCAUUAAGCUAAACUGAUUCUUGGAUUUAUAAACUUUAAUUUGUGUUAUGUAAAAAGAGCUUGCAUAUAAUUCAAUACCAAAUAUAACAUUUUCUGAUAACAAACAAAAAUGUUAUUGAAGUUUAAUCAUAACAGUAUAGUGAAAUACAAAUUAGCAAAAUGAAUAAUACUAUCAGAACUAGGAAAAUAAUUAUGUAGAGAAAGAGUUAAGCUUUUUAGUUUAACGAUAUUGUCCAACAUUUUAAUUUCCACUCCAAUGUACAAGUCAACAAGAACUAUUUGAUAGCCACUUUAUUUUAAUGAUGUUGUUGUGCUCUUCUUUGUUAGCUCUAUUAUAAAAGUAAACUUAAAAUAAAAUUGAAACUCAACUGUAAACACUAUAUUCUCUUUAAUAAAGUCAAAUAAACUUCCUGUACAGAUUUUACAUUGACUUGUUCUGAAAAGUUUCUUAAAGAUUUUGAAUCACUUUUAGCUGACAACUGUGGACAAAAGAAAAGGCAAACUUUUUUUAUUUCAACAAUUUUAAAAUUGAAUAAUAUACUUUUUUGGCAAAUGCAUAGGUCGCUGGAUCAAAAUAAUGUUCUUAUAAAUUGAACUUUUUCAAUUGUUAAAAAAAUAGUUUAUACAUAUUUGCAUAAUUAGAUUUACAAAAAUAUAGCAAUCUUUGGAAGACCAUAAAUAGGUGAAGUAGCUGUUAUUCCUAUGAGUAAAAUGUGUAACACAUUAUUGUCAAUGGUCUCACCAGAAUUACAAUUAGACACAAUGUGUAAGAAAUAAGAUUGUUAGUAACACAAAAUUAACUUUGACUUUUCUGUCCAACUUUUUUUAUCUAAAAAAAAAAGUGUAAACAAUACAUCCAAAAGGCAUAUUUUAAAAAUAAUGAUAGGCUAAACUGGAUUUUAAGUUUUUAGUUUUAUAGAUGUAAACAUGAUAGACUGACAGUACAAAAACAAGAUAAUAGCUUUUCCCAACAAUGACCUUAAAAAGCAAAAAUACUAAAUCAUAAAAUAAAAUGAGACAGUGAUAGACAUAAAGAAGAUCAAACUCUUAUUACUUGUAAAAGUAAAAAUUAUUAUAAAAUAAUUGACUUGUCUGCUUUUGUAAGAUACUACGAAUAAAUUUUUAUUUUAAAACAUUUAAUUUUUAAUACCAUAGCAUUUUAUAGUCAGUAAUGAUCACUAAAGCUUGUAAGAAGAAAGUCUCAAAACCAAUGAAACUUUAUAAAGUUAUAAUAAACCAUUAGUUAGCCAUGACCUGAAACAUUGUAACAAAACCAAGAUGUAUAGACUAUUAAUUAAGAGCAGUGAUUGAAUUUGUUCAACAUCUAUUCAUUCAUUCUAACAAAUAUUGAAGAAAAACCUUAAAUGAAAAAUGCUUGGUAAAAGAAACACCUAAUCCAAAGCAUUGUCAAUCAUUCACCAAAUAGAGGCAAAUUUGAUUUCAUAUAAAUUCUUUUUUUUUAGUCUUUUUUAAAAAAUCUUUCCAAGAAUUAGAAAUAUACAAUUUAGAUUAAGUAUAUACAUUUCAAUACAAAUUUUACCCAAUCCAUAUGAAAACUUACCUAAAUAUCAUCAUUCUAAUGUUUAAAAUAAAAGAUAUACUUUUGAAACAAUUGUUUAUUCUGAAAACAAACUUUAAUACUAUUUUAUGAAGUAAAUUAUUCAUUGAUAUGGAAUGGCGAUAGAAAUAAAUUGUUUUUUCUUAAACCUUACUUUUUUAUUUAUUUUUUUACCUUUAAAAAAUACUUAUCAAUUAUUGUUUAAAAUCUUCUGCCAAGAGAUUAUUUUUUAAACUAUAUUGUUUUUAUUUCAAAUAAUAAAAUUGUUACCUCUUCGUUAAGUUCUUCUAAUAUACUAUUCAAUGAUGCCUUCACUUCAGGAUCAGUAAUAGAUUUCUCAUCAUUGAGCAGAUAUUGUAAUUUUGCCAAUUCGCUGUUUGAAAAUGUUUUAUUCUUAGUUCC